AUGACGGACCACGAUGAGGCCAAGUGGGAAACGGUGAAGCGGGGGCAGGGGCGCGCGCUCUCCAAGCAGAACAAGGGCAAGCUCGCGCCCGGCGACGGCCUGAUCGACAUCAACUCCGCGGACUCGCGCGGCACGUUCGGCAUGCUGGACGACCUCGAGGCGAAGAUGGCGCAGUACGCGGCCCAGAAGGAGCAGAAGGAGAAGGAGCGGGAGAAGAAGACCUCCAGGGUGGCGGUCAAGGGCGGGGGCGUGGUGAACAUCGCGCCGAUCGAGUUCGCGCCCGUCGUGCCGCCCAAGGGGCAGGCGCAGAAGCAGCAGAAGAAGACGAAGGAGUCGCACGCGGCGAAGCAGGCGCCGAAGCACGAGGUGGCCGCGAGCAAGUGUGCGGCGCGGCUGACGCCCGAGGCGCUCGCGGAGGCGAUCGCGGAGGCGGAGGCAAGGUACCCCCAGGAGGAGGACCGCGUGGCGUACAUCGUGAACGCGUUCUCCCGGGCCUUCAAGGACUGCUCGAUGCACUUCAACGAGAUCGCGAGCGACGCGGCCGGCGCGGCGCCCUGGUCCUCGCUCCCCGCGCCCCUCUCCGCCGCCACAACCAAGUGGGCCAAGGGCCUCGCGGUCGGCGCCGCCGGGCGCGCGGCGUGCUCCAUCCUGCACGACCUCGGCAUGCAGCGCGCCGCGGGGCAGCGCGUGAACGUCGGGGAGCUCGUGGUGGUUGCCGCGCUGUUGCGCGCACAGCCCGGCGCGGCGACGACGUGCGUGGAGGACCUCCUGCGGGAGUCGCAGACGCUCACGGGGCCCGACACGACGGCGCUGUUCCUGUGGGCGCUGCGGCAGAUGGCGAGCGCGUCCGUGCCCGACGCGCUGGCGGUGUGGGCGCAGGCGCUGCUGCCGCAGGUGCUCGGGCGGCCGUUCUGCGAGAUCGCGCUGCCGGCCGAGCUGCGCACGGUGCCCGUCGCGAUGAUGCGCGCGGACUCGCAGCUUGCCGCGCUCAGCUACGGCCUCGAGCUCCUGCGUCCCGCGGCGUCUCGUCGGCGACCCGUCAACGUCGCGGGCGCGAUCCAUCCCCGCCACCUCGUCGCCGCGUGCUGCGCCGCGCACUCCGCCUCGGCCAGCGCUGCCGCCCGCAUUCCGCGCGCCGCGCGCCCGCCGCUCCGCGAGGCGUGCGUGCUGAUGACGGACAUCCUCGCGCGGGCCACCAAGGGCCAGGCAGACACGCCAGGCAACCUCCUCGUCGCGGUGCUGGACGCCGCGGCCGCGCACGUCGACACCGUCGCCGACCCGGCGCUGGCCGAGCUGGCGGCCAUUGCGCUGCGCUGCCUCGAGGCCUCGCCGCAGGCUGCGCGCCGGUGGGAGUCCAAGCACAAGCAGAACGUCAAGGGCUCCUCGCGGAUCCUCCAGGCGCUCGCCACGCGCUCCGCGGGCUUCCCCAAGGCUCUGCAGCAGGUCAAGGGGUCCAAGGCGUUCACCGCGCUGGUCGGGAACCUGCGGUCGCGGCACGCCGGGUCGCUCAAGUCGGGCCCGCAGGCGCUGAUGAAGGCGGCGAACGCGGCGGAGGAGGCGUGCGUCAUCCUGCUCGGCGGCAGCGCCGCUGCGCCGCCGGUGCCGACGCGCGGGGCGCAGGGUCGUGGCCGCCGGGCGGCGCGGCAGUCGUCGACCGCGACGGGCCUCGUCGCCGCAGCGGUGCUCGGAGCAGGCAUGGCCGCGGGCGCGUGCGCGGUGGCGUACAACUAUCUGCCGGCGGGGGAGCAGGAGAAGAUGCAGGCUGCGUGGGCGUCGGUGUCGGCGGCUGCCGCGCCGCUCUUGAAGAAGCUGGAGCCGGUCGUGGCGCGUGCGGGGCCCGUGGUCGGGGAGAUCAAGGAGCGGCUGCAGCCCGCGGUCGCGGAGGCGGCGCGGCGGGCCGGGGAGGGACUUGCAACGCUGCGGACGCGGCUGUCGUCGAGCGGGUGA